GGUGUGCCCAGAAGUCUGGUUGAGCUCGUUUUCCGAGCUGCGUGUUCUCUGAGACGUCAAAAUCCACAACCCCAUACCAUCGCCACCUUGACCAAGACCUCACUGGAUCUGAACAUAGUGUCGGCCAUACUCACUGCAGCUCUCCGGCUCCUGCCACCUGAUAACAGCUCAGCCGGAAGACAGCUACACCUUGAAAAGGAAAGAUUGUCAGCUGAGUGUACUAAAGAUGCAGAGGCCGAGUUCAUAGCACGUAUCGCUAAACUCGGGGUCGAGUUUCUCACUGAAGCCGAACAAAGGUCGCUGGCAGGCACUGCUCUACCAUAUGGACAAAAACGCGGACCCACCCCAGAUUUGCUGUUGAAAACUCCUCUACUAAUUGAUGGCCACCCCUGUGCCUGGAUAGAGUUCAAGAAUGAUUUCGGGUUCAAAUCAAGCCCGUUUGUGACAUCAGGUACGAAAAGACAGGUCAAGCGAUACUUAGACAAAAUUGGCCCUGGUAUCGUGGUAUAUAGAUUAGGGUUCGAGAGUGGGCUUUUCGCGAUGCCUGGCGUCGUGUGUAUGCGUGAGACCGAGGCGUUGGAAAUUAUAGGGCGAUGA